GUAAAUCUAGUUGCUAGGUUUUUUCUUUAAGCGUCCUGUAUGUGUACGGUUGCUAGCUAAUAUUAUUUAGCUGGCUGAGAUGAACCAUCAGCAGAGUCCGGUCAAAAUAUGUAUAACAAAAGGUUCACGUUCGGAUUAAUGCCCCGAAGAAAAGAGAAUACACUUUGAUCACCAAGUGAAUGAUAUGCGACCGAGCCUGCAACAUGCUCACUGAUUGUGCAAACACUAUUGAAUGAAGCAGAGGAAACCCUUUCAGUUUGUGGCUAUCCGAGAAGACUUUGACAAUCACAUGAGUUCCAGAGAGUCAGCCGAGAUGGGGGAUGUCUUGGCAACUGAAGCUGAUCUUCUUGGGAUGAUCAAAGAGUACCUUAAGUUUGAGGAAUUUGAAGAGACUGUCCAGAGUUUUGACAAAGAAUGCAAAAGCAAAGGAAAGCUUGUCUCGAAGCCUCGAGGAAGUUCUCUCAGAGAUUCAAAGACCCGUGUCAUUCAGAAAGACCUUUUAAGCUCUUUUGAUGAUGGAUACCACAAGGUGUUCUUUGAACUAUGGACAGAGAAUAUUCCCACGGAUGUAAAAGACACAGAUCCCGAAGCCCUCAGCUUGGAGUUCUACCUAAACAUCCACUUCACCAUCUAUCCACUGAGGAGACACCCGGUUAGACAAGACCGAGCAGAGUUCGAGGAAAGAAUUUCAGACUUCAAGCAGUACCUUGAAACUCGGGGGGCAGCGUUGAGCCAGACGGCAGAGUUUUUGCCUUACUACGCUUUGCCAUUUGUCCCCAACCCCACCGUUCACCCCUCCUUCAAGGAUCUCUUUCAGGAAUCAUGGAUACCAGAGCUAAAAGCAAAGCUGGAGAAGUUCUUGUCAGUGACACUAAAACCAUCCAACACUCCAAGGCUGAUGACUUUAUAUAAGGAAGGCGGACGAACUACUAAAGAGGCCAUGCAGCUGCUGCAGCUUCAGCUCGCAGAGGCACAACGCCGCAGCAACAGCUAUUCGCGAAAGUUUAAUAAGACGCAGGCCGACUAUCACAACCUCAUCGGGAUCACGGCUGAGCUGGUCGACUCUUUGGAGGCCACCGUCAGCGGAAAAAUGAUCUCUCCUGAGUACCUGCAGAGCGUGUGCGUUCGGCUCUUCAACAGCCAGAUGAGGCAGAGCGUUGUGCAUAGCACUGAUUUCACCAGGCCGGGCACUGGAUAUUACUCUAUGACUCCUUAUGAUGAUGGCUAUGCUUCUUCCAUGCUACGAGCUUCCAUUCCAUCACAAAGACCUAAGGAAGUGCCAAUGUUGCCUUCAUUAGACUACGAUAAGCUGAAGAGAGAUCUGGUUGAAAGCCCGGACAGACUUAAGGGUCUUCUGCUACAGGCACUACGCUGGAGACUCACCCGCUCCCUCCCAGGGGAACAGAGAGACACGGUGCUUCAGGCCUACAUCAGCAACGACCUCCUGGAGCGCUACAGCACAAAGCAGAAAACAGUACUUCAUUUAAUGAGAUCAACAAAUGAGGUUGUCCGCCAAUACAUGGCUCGUCUCAUCAACGCAUUUGCCUCCCUUGCAGAGGGCCGGGUUUAUCUCUCGCAAAUUCCUGUUCUUUUGAAACUUCUAACAGAGAUGCUCAGGAGGGAGGAAAAGGAUUCUUGGACAAGAGGAAAUGUCCUCAUAGCCUUGCAGAAACUCAGUCUCAGGCGAAGCCAGCAGACAGCCAUGAUAGCAGAUGAUUUGAUUGGCUGGCUGGUGGAUGAGCUGGAGGACUCGGACUCCCUAAGCGACUACACCCUGGAGUACUCCUCCGCUCUCCUUAUGAACCUGUGUCUGCGAACAAAAGGGAAAAGGAAGUGUGCCGAUAAUGCUAAGCAGGUUCUGAAGGUCCUGACUGACCUACUUGGGCAUGAGAACCAUGAGAUUCGACCAUACGUGAACGGAGCUCUGUACAGUAUCCUGUCUAUUCCCUCUGUGCGACAGGCAGCCAAGGAGAUGAGCAUAGAUGAGAUUCUCCGUUGCUACAACAAAGAAGGAAACCCAGACCUCGACAGACAGAUUGAAUUCAUCAUCAAACAGAUGAACUCAACUGAGCAAGAAGGGCGAGAGUCAGGGGAUGAAGAGGAAGAUGACGACAACGAUGAAGAUUUAAUGGAGGGGGACCUUGACAAAGAGGAAGUUCUUCAUCCCCAGCAAAGGGAACUCUCUGGGGAGAGUUUGCUCACCACAGAGUACUUGGGCAUUAUGACCAACAUGGCAAAAGUCAAGAGGAAGUCAACCCCUUUGAUACAGCCAAAUGUUGAUGAGCCCCUACAACGGCCUGUUACUCCCAGUUCUCACCGUAAUGCAAGCACAGGUGAACAUCGGGCCACCGCAAAAACAAAUGAGUGUAGUGGCGACUGGGCUGGCCUCCAGGGCAGACAGAGGAGUGAGGAAGGAAGCCUGCCUCCUUUCCAGUACAACUCGCGUCCUCCUACGCGCUCUGGCAGUCGAUCGAGCACUGAUGACUCCCUGCGACACAGCAUCGACUCAGAGUGUGGGCGAUUCUCACAGAAUUCGGAGUUAGAUGGGCAGUAUGCAGGAGCAACCAGGAAAGGACAUUUCCAGUCGGAACACAACGGAGACUCUAGCAGCAGUGAUUAUAUAUCUGCAUUUAAAAGCCAGCGCGAGAUUCCCCGCACACCUGACACCACGGUCACCAGCUCCCCUCGGGAUCGCGGGCCAGCCCUGGCUCCCCAGUUUUCCCAUUCGGAGCCCCGGCAGAGCAGCCGGCCCGGCUCCGCCAGCUCCACAGGAAAUGGAGUGUGGUGCACUUUUGAAGUCUGGCAAGUGUCUGACAUCUAUUGGCUCACGAGGAACCCGUUCAGCGUGAUCAGAGCUCAGCUUAGAGGACAGCAGUCAGUCAAAGAGGAGGUGAGGAGGGAGCUGUCACCAGGGGGUAGCGCUAUCUCCCCAGGAGCGUCAGGCUUCCUGUAACAUCAUCCCCUCAGGUUAUGAUCAGGGUCAUGGCGACAGAGAUGGUGAAGCAUCAGCUGCAGCAGCGAGAGGAGGAAGAGAAGUGGGUGGAACAAUGUGUCGGAUUGUGGCCCAGCAUUUCCCCCCCCUCUUUGGCUUCAACACAGGCUACUUUUGUAACAUAAUAUGAAGAAAGACAAUAAUCACU